GUGCAAUUUCAAGCUCAUCUUCUCGUACACAUCAUCAAGAUUCUAUUCUCAUUAUUGGACAUACAAAGCAGCUCGUAAAAUAAAAAGGAGAGGAACGCAUUGCCAGAACAACAACGAGACGACUUUAAGUUUUAAAUUAUUUACCCAAAAGAAGUCGAUAGACUUGAAGUCACUAUCAGCUCAUCACCACAUCUGACAAUCCAAUAGCAGGGAAGGCUAAUUCAUCAUCAUGGCUUCUGCAGUGUCCGCCAUCUUCAUCUUGGAUCUCAAAGGGAAGGUCCUAAUCUCACGCAACUACCGUGGAGACAUUCCUAUGUCUGCUGUAGAAAAGUUCUUGCCUUUGGUUCUUGAGGCAGAAGAGGAAAGUCAGGCACCAGCUCCAUGCUUCACAGAUGACGGGAUCAACUAUUUAUACAUUCGUCACAACAACUUGUUUUUACUUGCUAUCACACGCAAGAAUUCGAAUGCAACGACAGUUAUGCUCUUCUUGCACACGAUUGCCGAGGUUUUGACUGAGUAUUUCAAAGAGCUGGAAGAAGAAUCGAUUCGGGACAAUUUUGUGAUCAUUUAUGAGUUAUUGGACGAAAUGAUGGAUUUCGGAUACCCACAAACGACGGAAUCAAAAAUCCUCCAGGAAUAUAUCACACAGGAUGCCUAUAAGCUCGAGGUUCAGGUCCGUCCACCUAUGGCGGUCACCAACGCAGUCUCGUGGAGAUCAGAAGGUAUCCGAUAUCGUAAGAAUGAGGUCUUCUUGGACGUGGUCGAGUCUGUUAAUCUAUUAGUCAAUGCGAAUGGAAACGUAUUGAGGAGCGAAAUUUUAGGUGCUAUUAAAAUGAAGGUCUUUUUAUCGGGCAUGCCAGAGCUGAGAUUGGGAUUGAACGAUAAGGUCAUGUUCGAGAGUACUGGACGAGCUCCCACGAAGGGCAAGUCGAUUGAAAUGGAAGAUGUUAAAUUUCACCAAUGUGUGCGUCUCUCAAAGUUUGAGAAUGACAGGACCAUCUCAUUCAUUCCUCCGGAUGGCGAGUUUGAUUUGAUGACCUACCGUUUAAAUACCCAAGUCAAACCUUUAAUCUGGGUUGAGGCUUUAGUUGAGAAUUACACAGGAAGCCGUGUAGAAUACCUCAUUCGCGCCAAAGCUCAAUUCAAGCGUCGGUCAUCAGCCAACAAUGUCGAGAUUCAUAUUCCUGUUCCUGAAGACGCGGAUACACCGAAAUUCAGAAGUGGCAUUGGAUCAGUACAAUAUGUCCCAGAAAAGGCUUGUGUCAUCUGGAAGAUCAAACAGUUCCAAGGAGGCAAGGAGUUUUCAAUGAGAGCGCAUUUUGGAUUGCCAUCCGUUAAAAACUUGGAGGAUGCGGACAAGCGACCACCAAUGUCUAUCAAGUUUGAGAUCCCUUACUUCACAACAUCUGGCAUUCAGGUUCGGUAUCUGAAGAUCCAGGAGCGAUCAGGAUACGCUGCUCUACCAUGGGUUCGAUACAUCACGCAGAAUGGCGAUUAUCAAAUGAGGAUGCCCGAUAGUAUCAAGGCUUCCAAGAUGGCACCAAUCUAGAGAAAAAAAGAAAAAGAAAAAGAAAAGGAACCAAGGCUUUGACGCUGCACUAUACCAAGACAAACGUUGUUGGCCAUUUUUACUCCUUUUUACUGUGUAUAGAAACCAUAGUAAUUGGCAGGUC